GCGACCGUGGAUAAACAGACAGAGAUGUUUGUCCUGUUCUUUGUCUGUCUGUCCGGGCUGGUCCAGUCUACGACAGCGAUGAUAUUCUGGACGGCGUACGUGGGGGUGCAUUUCUACGACAGCAACACUAACCAGACAGAGACCAGGUUCUGUGAGUGUGGGGUGUACGGGCGUUCCUCCCCUCUGGAGAGCGCUGCCGGGAUGGUGGUCCUCCCUGCCUCAGACCCCCAGGGCUGCAGCCUGGACCCCUACCCCUCCAACGACAACACCACCACCCAGGGGUCCUGGAUCGCUCUGGUCAAGAGGGGAAACUGUACCUUCAGUGAGAAGAUCAAGGCAGCGUGGGCCAGGGGGGCGGCGGCCGUAGUGGUCUAUAACCUGGAUGGAACCGGUAACAGCUCAGAUUACAUGACGCACAGCGACACCACUGGCACCGUGGCCAUCAUGAUCGGUAACCUCCAGGGGGUAGAGAUCGCUAACAUAGUGCGGAGUGGUGUGGCCGUCUCCAUGGUGAUCGAGGUGGGCAAAGCCCAUGGGCCAUGGAUGGACACCUAUUGGCUCUACUUCCUGUCUAUCGCCUUCUUCAUUGUGACGGGCGCCUCCAUUGUCUACUUCGGAUUCGUCUCCGCCCACCGGCUGCAUAGUCUCAGGUUGAUCCAUCUCACCGAUAGGCGGCUGAGGAAUGAGGCCAAGAAAGCGAUUGGUCGGCUGGAGGUGCGUAAGCUGAAGCGCGGGGACGAGGAGACGAAGCCGGACAGCCACACCUGUGCCGUGUGUAUCGAGUCAUACCGCCCAGGAGAUGUAGUGACCGUCCUGACCUGUGGCCAUCUGUUCCACAAGGCCUGUAUCGAGCCCUGGCUGCUGGACAAGAGGACCUGCCCCAUGUGUAAGGCUGACAUCCUGAAGGCCUUAGGAGUGGAGGGGCCCGGGGAGGAGGAGAGCAGCAGUUCCUCUGUCCCACCACCAGAUGUCCCUAUCGUCACAGUGUCUGGAGGAUCAGGUAGAGAGCUGCUGAAUGAGGUCCCUCUCAAUGACAAACACCUUCCGACCCCCACCCUGACUCCUCAACCCCCCACCGAGGCCUGGCAACCACAUCACUAUGACAAUAUAGCCUUCGAGGGAGAGACACACCCUCAGGGGAACGUGGCCACCAGAGGAUAAACGACAACAACAACACUGGAUAAUGGUCAUUUCUACCUGGAGCACGAACAACAACCCAUAGACCGCUUCACACAGCUACAGCAGUGGCUGGUGAUAUACUGUACUAUCACCCAUAGACCUCUUCACACAGCUACAGCAGUGGCUGGUGAUAUACUGUACUAUCACUGUUAGAUAAACCAUAUCUACUGUACUGCUAGGAAAACAUCUCCCUGGAUUCAAACACGGUUUACUGAUGAUCAAAUAACUAUCAUGGCAGUAGAUUCUACCUCUGCUUAUCUGCAUAGCCUAAACCCUGGUCCAGGAAGCUGCAGGUGUGCAGGCUUCUCUUUUAACUUCUCUUUGAGAUCAAAGUUACUUCUUUAUAAUUUGUUAAAUGAACAAACAAUCACUUGUAUGAUGAUGAGAAAGGCUGAAUAUAUUUUUCUAUUAAAUUGAUAUCUCUGCUGUAUUUUUAAAAGUAGAUAUUCUGAGAGUAAAAUAAAAAUCAGUAUUUAAGAAUGAAUCGAACUACAGUAUACUGUAAUGGUUCACAUAUUAAAUGAAAUGAGUAACCAACAAAACAGAAUAUGUACUAACUUACGUACUAACCUGGUUUAGUAUAGCUAAAGAUGUACUGUACAUGUGUCUGUGGCAGGGUAGGUGUCAAUUCCAUUUCAAAUCAGUCAAUUCAGAAAGUGAAUUAAAUUCA